UGUCGACAAUUACUAUCUAUACAUCCCAACUAACUCUGCUAAAAACAAGCUAGCAGUCAUUAUCUCUUGGCAUGGAUUUGCUCGUGCGUGCAAUUCUAUCUGUCUUACUUUCUAGCCCAAGCACUCAAGAUUUUCGCAUCCUCUCACCAGCCCGUCGUUUCAAAGUCCUCUUCCCACAAACAAUUCCGUCUAGCCACUUUUUGUCGUGAUCGAUGGGUACAGAAAGGCCAUGGUUGCACACGGAGGCGUCGUCACCCGGAGCAAAAUCAGCUUCAUCCUCGGAGCCAUAGUGAAUCCAUUCGUCCUCAUCCGCUUCGGUAUUGCACGACUCCAUCUCACCCCAGCAACACUCGAGGCCCAUUGGGAGCUGGUCCGCCGGCGUGGUACGGACCUCAGCGAGGGCUCGGUGGCCCGUCUUACAGUAGAACUGGAUCAUGGGCCAGGCCUUGACACUGUCGAACCAGUAGGGAAACCCCUUGUUGAUUAU